GGGCCGGCACCAGGGGCUUGUAAAAGCAGCAGCUGUCACGAUGCUGGGGUCCCUGGCAUGGAGGAGGACAGCGCUGGCGCCGCAGCUCUCCAUCCGACUGCUUCGGUCUCCGUCGCUCCGGAGCCAGGGAGGCGCCUCCGGCCGGAGCGUAACUACCGGGGGCCCCGGGGAGCUGCCAUGGCUGAGGGCAGCCGCCGGGGGGCGCCCCGGGACAGUGCCGGCCUUGCUCGCGGGACGAGGGGCGGCCGCUGGGGGGCGCCGGGAAGGACGUGUGGCCCCCCAGUACUUUGCGGCCACCGCAUGGGGACGCCUUCCUAACCCCGAAGAAACACUCCCUGGACAAGACGGCUGGAGCGGGGUCCCCAACAGAGCUGGACUGGGCGUGUGGGCCCUGGCCACGGCGCUGGUGGUUCAUUGCUACAGCAAGAACCCAUCCAACAAUGAUGUCGCCCUGGUGGAAGCUGCUCGAGCCAACAAUGUCCAAGAAGUCAGAAGGCUACUGUCAGAAGGUGCAGACGUCAAUGCCAGGCACAAACUUGGCUGGACAGCUCUCAUGGUGGCAGCCAUCAGCCGAAAUGAGAGUGUGGUACAGGUCCUGCUUGCUGCUGGGGCUGACCCAAACCUCGGAGAUGAUUUCAGCAGUGUUUACAAGACCUCCAAGGAGCAGGGCAUCCAUUCUUUGGAAGUCCUCGUCACCCGAGAGGAUGACUUCAACAACCGGCUGAACAAUCGUGCCAGUUUCAAGGGCUGCACAGCUCUGCACUACGCUGUCCUUGCCGAUGACUACCGCACCGUCAAGGAGCUGCUUGAUGGAGGAGCCAACCCCCUGCAGAGGAAUGAAAUGGGUCACACAGCCCUGGAUUAUGCCAGAGAAGGGGAGGUGAUGAAGCUUUUGAGGGCUUCUGAAGCCAAGGGUGGGCCGAGACCCCUGAGCAGUGGCCUCAGCUCGGAAGGCCAUGAAGACGGAGAGUUGGCGGGACUGGGUCAACUCCCAUGCUCAAUGUACCAGGAGAAGCAGCGGAAGCGAGAGGCGGAGGAACGCCGCCGCUUCCCUCUGGAGCAGCGGCUGAAAGAACACAUCAUCGGCCAAGAAAACGCCAUCGCCACUGUGGGUGCUGCAAUCCGGAGGAAGGAGAAUGGCUGGUACGAUGAAGAACACCCUCUGGUCUUCCUCUUCUUGGGAUCAUCUGGAAUAGGCAAAACAGAGCUGGCCAAGCAGACCGCCAAAUAUAUGCACAAAGAUGCCAAAAAGGGAUUCAUCAGGUUGGACAUGUCUGAGUUUCAGGAGCGACACGAGGUGGCCAAGUUUAUCGGGUCACCACCAGGCUACAUUGGCCAUGAGGAGGGUGGCCAGCUGACCAAGAAGCUGAAGCAGUGCCCCAACGCCGUGGUGCUCUUCGACGAAGUGGACAAAGCCCACCCAGACGUGCUCACCAUCAUGCUGCAGCUGUUUGAUGAGGGCCGGCUGACGGAUGGCAAAGGGAAGACCAUUGACUGCAAGGACGCCAUCUUCAUUAUGACCUCCAACGUGGCCAGUGACGAGAUCGCUCAGCACGCACUGCAGCUGCGGCAGGAAGCUUUGGAGCUGAGCCAUAACCGUUUCGCCGAGAACCUUGGGGAGGUCCAGAUGAGUGACAAGAUCACCAUCUCCAAGAACUUCAAGGAGAAUGUGAUUCGCCCCAUCCUAAAAGCUCACUUCCGGAGGGAUGAGUUUCUGGGACGGAUCAAUGAGAUCGUCUACUUCCUCCCUUUCUGCCACUCGGAGCUCAUCCAACUAGUCAACAAGGAACUGAACUUCUGGGCCAAGAGAGCCAAGCAGAGGCACAACAUCACGCUGCUCUGGGACCGCGAGGUGGCGGAUGUGCUGGUCGACGGCUACAACGUGCACUAUGGCGCCCGUUCCAUCAAGCACGAGGUAGAGCGCCGCGUGGUGAACCAGCUGGCGGCAGCCUACGAGCAGGACCUGCUGCCUGGUGGCUGCACGCUGCGCAUUACCGUGGAGGACUCCGACAAGCAGCUCUUCAAGAGCCCCGAGCUGCCCUCGUCCCAGACUGAGAAGCGUCCACCCAAGCUACGGCUGGAGAUCAUCGAUAAGGACAGCAAGACUCACAGACUUGACAUCCGGGCACCACUACACCCUGAGAAGGUGUGCUACACACUCUAGCAUCUACACACAUGCCCUCAACAUCGAAUAAAGGCCCCUGGGCUGUGGCAUGGCAA